UAUUUUCAUAAUUGAAUAAAGUUUAUACUCCGUAUUGACAAUAUAUAAUGCAUAUAUAUUAAACGGAGAAAACUCAAUUUUCUCCAACUACAAACAUCAGAUAGAAAAAAUGGGUUCAUUUUUCUCUAGACAAGUGCAACGAAGAAAAUCAAUUCGUGCUGAGAAGAAACUUCUUCAUGGUCUGAAGCAAAAAAAUAGCACCAAUUUCCCUGGUUUUGAUUAUCAUGCAGAUGAUAGAAAAAAUUGGAUGUCAACACUCGCUCUGGAAAAACUCCAUGUGAACCAGAUAAUCUGGCCUGGUACUCAUGAUUCAGCAACUAACAAAAUUGGGAUCCCGUUUAUUUCUCGCCCUUUCGCCCGAACCCAAUCUCUGUCUAUUUACAAACAGCUGGCAAUGGGCACCCGUGUUCUUGACAUCAGAGUUCAAGAAGAUGGUCGUGUCUGUCAUGGUAUCCUAGUUUCUUACAAAGUUGAUGUUGUCAUCAACGAUGUCAAGAAAUUCCUGUCGGAGACACAAUCGGAGAUCAUCAUUCUCGAGAUCCGAACCGAGUUCGGACACGAUGAUCCACCUGAUUUCGACAAUUAUUUGGAGAAUCAGUUGGGUGAAUAUCUAAUCCACCAAGACGACUCUGUAUUCAACAAAACAGUGGCAGAGUUAUUGCCAAAGAGAGUAAUCUGUGUGUGGAAGCCA